CACGAACAAAACGGAGUAACGUGGAGGGGGCGAUUAUUGUCUGAAGCGUAGUCGGCGAUGAAACACGGCUGUGGUCAGUCGUGACACUCGACGAUACGAUACCGUUUCUAGCUAAACGAGCGCGAUUCUCAAAAGUGCGUUUACGAUUCGGCCAAUUCCCCGACAAUGGCGUUGCUGGAAACGAUAUUUCGUCGAAGAGUGACGGCUGCGAGCAACGACGGUUGUAAGAAUCAAACCCCGCCGACUCUUCUUUCAAGUUUAAGAAGCGUCCUUUUCGUAAUCGGAACCGUAGUGAUCGGAUUCGCUGCUUUCUGCAACUCGCUAACAUGGCAUUUGCAGAGGUUCUGGGGAGCUUCCGGUGAUUUCUGGCAAGCACAAUGGGAUAAAAUCUUAGACAGAUUAGGAGAUGAUCCCGUGACCGUCUGGGUUCAUGGGUCGUUGGGAUUAACGUUUUUCGUUUACUGGUUUUUCGGCGGUAUUUACACACUGUUGGACGUCACCAACAGACCAGCCGCUUUGCGAAAAUACAAAAUACAACCGGGCACGAACGAGCCCGUCAACAGGAGGGAAUUGUGCAAAGUAAUCGCUCAAGUACUGUUCAAUCAGAUAGUUGUCGGUGUUCCUCUAGCGUACGCCAGUUAUCGCUUUAUGGAAUGGCGCGGUUAUCCCCCUAUGCGCGAAUUGCCGACCUUCCACUGGGUACUCGUUGAAAUCGCUAUUCUUAUAUUAUGCGAGGAAAUUGGAUUUUAUUACUCGCACAGAUUUCUACAUAGCCGCUAUCUGUACAAGUAUAUACAUAAACAGCACCACGAAUGGACAGCCCCUAUAGCUGUAACAUCGCUAUAUUGCCAUCCCUUAGAACAUAUUGGCUCGAACCUAUUGCCACCGUUUUUGGGAGUAUUCAUCGUAGGUUCUCACGUGGCUACCGCUUGGCUUUGGUUCUCCCUUGCUAUUUUAUCCACGUUGAAUGCUCACUCUGGUUACCAUUUACCAUUCUUCCCAUCUCCAGAAGCUCAUGAUUUCCAUCACUUAAAGUUUAAUCAAUGCUUCGGAAUUUUGGGAGUGUUAGACCGGGUACAUGGAACAGACACACAAUUUCGUAAUUCUAGAGUUUAUCAGCGUCACGUAAUAAUGCUUAGUCUGGUACCACCGAGAGAGGCCUUUCCAGACCAAGUAAAAUACAAGUCCAAAUAGACUCUGACACCGUAAUAACUAUGAAAGUUCAGUACGAGCCUUUUAUUAUUCUUGAUCGAGGGCGGUUAACCAGAUAAAUAUAAUCGGCAGAAUACAUUCGAAGCUGGUAUCUUUUGUAUGGUUAUCUGAUACAUCGGUCGAGUACACUUUUUCCUAUGUAAAAGUGCAUAUUUUAAUUAUUUCGUUUCGAGUGUAAUUUCAGUUGAUACGAACACCGUACUGGUAAAUUGACGAAUUAUUAUUAACCACAUCGCUGUUGUUCGUACGAUUUUUCUUUUUCUUUUUGUACAGCAAUGUAUUAAAUGUGAUUAUACGAGAGUAUUUUUAACCAGCAUUCUCAAAUAUAAGGACAGUCAUUCUAAAGUUGUAACGUAACGGAAUAUAUUACGUGUUCUUUUCUUAUCGAAAACUACAAAAAGAUCCUCGGAAUAAUAUAAGAGUUUUACUAUAACGUUAAAGGACGAACUUUAGAUUAUUAGAAUAUCUUUUUUAUGACAAAAUACCGUUGAAAAACUUAGAAUUAUAUCGAAUAUAUUUCAUCUGGGUAUUAUCUUAUUAUAUUCGCAUUAUAUAGCAAUAUUCGAAAAGCGUCUACUUGACGAAUUAUGUUUGUAUCGAAAUCAUGACGUUAAGGCGAAACUAUUUAUGACGAUUACUAUUUUUAUAUUCAGUUCUAUAAUAAAAGCAAUGACUUAAUACAAAUUUAGUCUAAGACGGAGUUAUGAUUGUAGUAUCGUAGCAAAGGAACAAUUACUCUUACGAUUGUUAUAAAUCAUCUAUGGUUCUGCACGUUAAAGCUUUAAAUUUGCAAAGUAAAUUAAGUCGGAUUACUCGAAAUCUAUAGAUGCAUAUUAAAAUUGGUAAUAAUAUUUUCUGAAAUUAAAUUUAUGUAUAUAUACAAAAGCACUAGGUCACAUCAUGGAAUUGAAUCUUCAUUUCUCUUUCUCUUUUGUUUAAGGUAUACAUUUUUUUUAACUUGUAAAUCUCUAGCAAAUUUGUAAUUUAUACGCCAUGCUAACACUACUGAUUUUAUGUACCUACAUAAGAAGCUUACUAAUAAAACUUACAAAUCAAACACA